GAGUAGCUUUCUUCUUCCUUCUAGUUCAGUCCUUUGGCUAAUAUGAAAGGCAACGAAGAAGCUCUGGACUUGCUUUUUGUGCUUGACAAAAGUGCAUAGAUAGAAGACAGGGAUUCCCGGCUGGGAGGAGGGAGGAAAGCUGAAGAUCCCUGCCUGGGCUGGCUGAUCUAAACAGUCAAAGUGGGCAGCUGAGUGCUUGAAAGAGGAUUAUGCUCGCACUAGAAAUAAUCAGUAAGUGAGUGACUAUUGGCUUAGAAGAGGAUUAAUCCCCCUGGGGUUAUGGGGUAAACUAGAAAAUAUUGCUUAUUUCUAAAGUAAGUCUUCUUUCUGCCUCUGUGUACUGUUGUGUGCUGUUAGGAGUCUAGGGGGCUUAAGUACAAAAAUCAGAGCUCUAAAUGCCUCCUCCCACUCUUUCAAAAUGCCAAUUUAUAUUUAGUUGGGGACCAUAACCUCCUCCCCUGACCUAGCCUCUUUCCAGGAAAAUUUAUUAGUAAAUCAGAUAAGGAGUUGAGAUUAAAUUGGAAAGGUGGAAUUUGAUGUUGGCAGAAAUUGAAAGUUUGAAUUACGCUCUGUGAGUGCUGACAUUAUUAUAUCUAUUAGCAGUGAUUGUCAAGAAAGUCUGGAGCAGUGAGUUAAACGGGAAAUUAAGAGAGUCUAUGCCAAGGAGGCUGACUAGUCUGUAUGCAAAGGGUUAAAUUUAAAAUAUUAUGUAAUAAAUAAUAGGUGAGUUUUAUAAAACAGCGCGAAGAAGUAGUCAAGAAGCAAAAAAAAAAAAUGCAUGGAUAAAAAUUCGUUAGGAAAAGAAACUGUCAUUUCAAAGACUUUUGUGCUAGCCAAAAAUUUCACAGUGUUUACAAAGUCAAGACCGUGAUUCGGGAAUACUUCAGUUAUUGUUGUACAUUAUUAAUACUGCUGUCGGGCAAGAUCUGUGGUUCUCUGGUCAGCAAGUUCUGGCAAUGAAGCCACUGCUGUUGGUGCAAAGAAUUCUGGGAUGUCUGACAGUGAAAUGGAUGGAAGGACUCACAUUCCUUUUCUACUUAAUGUCCUUUGGUCCAGAAAUCGGGUCAUGCAAAUGAGCUACUUGAAAAGUAAAGAGCAAGGAUAUGGAAAACUAAGCUGCGACGAAGACCUCGAAAUAAUUGUUGAUCAAAAGCAGGUAGUAGGUGUUACCUUGAAGAGAAAGUGGCACUGUCUUCAAAAAAGUGACCUGACCCUGGCUUUGGGAAAAGGCUCUAGGGCGGCAGAUAAGGCUGUUGCCAUGGUGAUGAAGGAGAUACCGAGGGAGGAGUCUGCUGAAGAAAAGCCCCUCCUUACUAUGACAUCACAGCUGGUGAAUGAGCAACAAGAAAGCAGGCCCCUCCUGAGUCCCUCCAUCGAUGACUUUCUCUGUGAAACCAAAUCGGAGGCAAUUGCAAGGCCAGUUACGUCCAAUACAGCCGUGUUGACCACUGGCUUAGAUCUCCUCGACCUGAGUGAACCAGUGUCUCAAACCCAAACCAAAGCUAAGAAAUUGGAGGCCUCAUCAAAACCCUCAUCCCUCAAGAAAAAGGCCGAUGGUUCUGACCUCAUCAGUGCAGAUGCUGAACAGAGAAGCCAGCCUCUCAGAGUCCCAGAGACUUCGUCCUUAGAUCUAGACAUCCAAACGCAACUGGAAAAAUGGGACGAUGUUAAGUUUCAUGGAGAUCGAAACGGCAAAGGGCAUCAUCCAAUGGCAGAGAGAAAAUCCUGCUCAUCCAGAACUGGAUCAAAAGAGCUCUUAUGGUCCUCAGAGCACAGAUCUCAACCAGAACUGAGUGGUGGGAAAAGUGCCCUGAACUCUGAAUCUACUUCUGAACUAGAGUUAGUGGCUCCAACACAGGCUCGGCUGACCAAAGAACAUCGCUGGGGAAGUUCGCUGCUUUCUCGAAACCACUCCUUGGAAGAAGAAUUUGAAAGGGCAAAAGCAGCAGUAGAGUCAGACACAGAGUUUUGGGAUAAGAUGCAAGCAGAAUGGGAAGAAAUGGCCCGAAGAAACUGGAUCUCUGAGAACCAGGAAGCCCAGAACCAAGUUACAAUCUCAGCUAGCGAGAAGGGAUAUUACUUUCACACUGAAAACCCCUUCAAGGACUGGCCCGGAGCAUUUGAAGAAGGCUUAAAAAGGCUGAAGGAAGGGGACCUGCCAGUCACCAUCCUGUUCAUGGAGGCAGCAAUCCUGCAGGACCCGGGAGAUGCAGAGGCAUGGCAGUUUCUUGGGAUAACCCAGGCGGAGAAUGAAAACGAACAAGCAGCCCUUGUCGCCCUCCAGAGGUGCUUAGAAUUGCAGCCCAACAACUUGAAAGCUUUGAUGGCUUUGGCUGUGAGUUAUACAAACACCGGGCAUCAGCAGGAUGCCUGUGAGGCUCUGAAGAAUUGGAUUAAGCAAAACCCAAAGUACAAAUACCUUGUGAAGAGCAAGAAGGGAUCUCCGGGCCUCACUCGACGGAUGUCUAAGUCCCCAGUGGACAGCUCUGUUCUAGAAGGAGUGAAAGAAUUGUAUCUGGAAGCUGCCCACCAAAACGGAGACAUGAUUGACCCAGACCUACAGACAGGUCUGGGGGUACUAUUCCACCUGAGUGGGGAAUUUAACAGAGCGAUAGAUGCGUUUAACGCUGCCUUAACUGUUCGGCCGGAGGACUAUUCAUUAUGGAACCGUCUUGGGGCGACCUUGGCAAACGGCGACCGCAGUGAAGAAGCCGUGGAGGCGUACACACGGGCACUGGAGAUCCAGCCAGGUUUCAUCCGUUCCCGAUACAACCUAGGAAUUAGCUGUAUCAACCUGGGCGCCUACAGAGAAGCAGUCAGCAAUUUUCUCACUGCCCUCAGUUUGCAAAGAAAGAGCAGGAAUCAACAGCAAGUUCCUCAUCCUGCAAUCUCUGGGAAUAUCUGGGCUGCCCUCAGAAUUGCACUGUCCCUGAUGGACCAACCGGAACUCUUCCAGGCAGCUAAUCUUGGUGACCUGGAUGUCCUCCUAAGAGCUUUCAACUUGGAUCCUUGAAGGAAAAGAAAAAAUAAAGAAUAAUAACCCCCCCCUUCUGUGUUAUUGUACUGAGAAGUGCAAAACUACUUUAUUAUGAAUUUCAGAAAGGAUAAAUCAGAUAUUCAAAAGGCCAUGGCCACAUAACCCAAGAGGAUUAAUUUCUACAAAAAAUGGCCGGUCUCUGUUCAGAUCCAAAAGCACAAGUAGAGUCAAGGUCAGGUUCAAAAGAAUUGGGAGACGCAAGAGAAAGUAAUUUCAUGUACUCUUCCUAAGUUGCCAGUGUAUUGCUUUUUGUUCCCAGUUGCAGCUAACAGCACAUAUGAGGAACUCGUUUAUAGGACACAUGAGGAAAGCACUGCUUCUGGUCAGGAAAUUCUGACUGCAUCUAUACUGUGUCUCCUGAAAUUUUCCCUUUUGCAAGACUGAGCAUAGUUUGGGCCAUCGGUGCAUGUACAUAUAUUAACUAAAGACAGGCAACGCUUCACCUGCUCCUGUUUUAACUUUUGCUGUAGCCCUUUGUUUGCAGAGAGGGAGCUUUGCUGGCAAAAGCAGUUUUUGCACUAGAAAUUUUUGCUGUUCCCAAGCAAAACUUUUCUGGGAUUGUAUAUAUGCACUUUAACAUCUUAUUUAUGCCUUGCUGGGGUUUGGUUUUGUUGCUCCAAUUUUUAACUCGGGGUAAAAGAUUUGAGAACUCAGACUUGUUAGAUCAAUGGACCAAAUUUUUUAAAAAUUCCUGAAAAUAGCUUUUCAUAGUGUAGGGUUUUUGAAGGAGUGUUUUUCAUAAAGCAGACAUGCUUUGCGGGACUGUAUGAAUAUAAGAAACAAAAUACUGUCUGUUCAUGCAUUCCCUGCAGGGAGAAAGCUUGAUACUGUGCUUUCUAUUGAGUUUGCUUAAGUGUCAUAUUUUACUGGCUUUCUGAUUUCCCUGCACAAUAAUAUUCCUUUUAAAUUGUUAUUACUUAAAUGUGAUUUCUUAAGAGUGAUAAAUAGUUUUUCCUAAAAAAUGAUGUAUUUCCUUAGUUCCAUAAUAGUCUGCAGUUAACUUUGUGAGUGACAGAAGAUCAACAUUUUUUAACUGAAACUCACCAAGUGUCAGUGGGUUAGCAUGAAAGUUGCAUAUCCCUUUGGCUCCUAAACAUUUAGCAAGUAACAGGAAUUUUCUAUUGGCAAUGGUAUUUUAUUUAACUUUCCACUUAGUUCUUCAGUAUUUUGUGUAUAUUUGUGGCUUGGUGAUUAUUUUGAAAGUAUAUUUUUCAAAGAAUGAGGAGAACAUUGUUUCCCAAAGUCUAACCAAAAUAUCGUUUUAUCCAGGUCUGGUUCUAGUCAGUUGUCCUAUUCUUCACUUUGCCUCCUUCCUUCUGGAGUACUUUCCCCCAAAGUAGUCUGGUCCCAAUUUUUCAUUCAUGUUCUUUGGUUAGUAAUAACUCAUUCUACUCAUGACUAUAGUUACCAAAAAAGACAGAAUUUGAAUCAAAACAGUUUGAUUGACUGGAGAAUUUGCUUCCACUGAGCAGGGAAAUGUGCACACAGCUGAGAAACUGGACUCCAGGUGCAGGUACAAAUCCUCUCCUCUGUGACCUUGGAUUUCAUGAGUUGUGAGGGGUUCUCAAGUUAACACGGAACCACAGGUUGGAAGCUUAGGUACAUCACAACCUAUUCUAGUUUGGGAAGAUGAAGAGGUGAGGACCUUGCGGUGAGCACCAGGUUUUGAUAGUCACUAUCAAUGCUCCUGUUGGCAGGAUGAUGGCUCCAGCCAGGCAGCAAGAGAAAGAGGCUUUAAGGCAUUCAUCUUUGGCAGGAAUGACAACCCCUCUUGGCCCUCAUUUCCCUGCAGUCUGAGCAGCAAUGUGAAGAUCAGCAGUAAUUCCAAGAAUGACAUUCGUUAGAAUUUUAGAAAUUAGAAACUCCAUCUGGGAAGGCAUUGGGGCACCUGCCUUCUGGAAUAUUCCUAAUAGGCCCACAUCCAUUCCCUGCCUGCUGGUGAUCUCUGCACACUCGGUGACUGGCUAGUUAACUUGGCUCCAUCAGAAUCCAUCAGGAGCCUCUGAACAAAGGAUUCAAAGCCAACUUUGCAGGCAUUUUGUGCAUGAUGCCUUUCUGUACUCUCAGGUCCGAAUGAAUUUGCAAUGAUAAUGAGUUACUGUGUUCUCACCUCGCUAGCGCUAUAUGCAGGAAAUCAGUUCAGAAUUUAUAAUUUCAAACUAGUGUAAAUGUGGGGUAGCUUGGUUUAAUUUGAUUGUUGUUAAGGAGCAGCAGUUUUUGUGGUCCACAUUUUAUUUCGAUAUUGGAAUUCAAAGUAAUCUCAAAGUCCACAGAGUUGCUUUAGGGGAGAACUGACAAUUUGCCACUCUCACUUUACUUGGCAAUUUACAGACUGUUUAGUGGGACUAUCUGCAAUAUAUCCACUGUGAUCCAUCAGAACUAAGAUUUUUAAGUCACGUGUGGUGGCACACGCCUAUAAUCUGAGCUACUCUGAGGCAGAAGGAUCAAGUUUGAGGUGAGCCUU